CCCCUUCACAAAAUCAUCACAGGCUAGACACUUGCAUCUGCCGAAGAUUGAUCAGUAGCUACUCAAACCAAUCUAGCCUCGCUCGAACACGAGCAUCUCCCCUUGGCAGCUAGGCAUCUAACAACCCAGUGGCAGCAAUGAAGCAAAAGAUUGUCAUCCAGUUGAGCAUGUCGUGCGACAAAAGCCGGUCGAAAGCACUGACGCUGGCCGCCAAAGCAGCCGGGGUGACGUCCAUGGGGAUAACCGGAGACGCCAGGGACCAGCUGGAGGUGGUCGGCGAUGGCGUCGACCCGGUGUGCCUUGUCUGCUGCCUCCGCAAGAAGCUCGGCCACGCCCAAAUCGUCAAGGUGGAGGAAGUGAAGAAGCCGGAGGAGAAGAAGAAGGAUGAGCCGAAGCCGGCGCUUGCUGUGCCCGCGUACCCGCCGCCGUACUACUUCUACCCGCCCAGCUACUACCACCACCAGUACCAGGCCCCGCACAUGCUAGUCUGCGAGGAACAGCCCGGGAACUGCCGGACCAUGUAACUGCCAGAGAUCCAUUUUGACGUACUAUUAUACGCGUGUUUGUUAAUUCAUUGAAGGAAAUGGAAAUUAA